AUGCUUGGGCUCACAGGUUGUGUUAACCUUCCUUGUGUUUUUGUUUCUGCAGAGCUGACCCUGAACCCACCGGAAGGGAUCGUAGCAGGUCCCAUGAAUGAAGAGAACUUCUUUGAAUGGGAAGCUCUGAUUAUGGGUCCUGAAGACACCUGUUUCGAGUACGGCGUUUUCCCUGCUAUUCUGAGCUUUCCACUCGACUACCCGUUGAGUCCUCCGAAGAUGAGGUUCACGUGCGAGAUGUUCCACCCGAACAUUUACCCAGAUGGAAGAGUUUGUAUCUCUAUUCUCCAUGCUCCUGGGGAUGAUCCCAUGGGAUACGAGAGCAGCGCUGAGCGGUGGAGUCCCGUGCAGAGUGUGGAAAAGAUCCUCUUGUCGGUUGUGAGCAUGCUGGCAGAGCCAAAUGAUGAAAGUGGAGCCAAUGUCGACGCCUCCAAGAUGUGGCGGGAAGACAGGGAACAAUUUAACAAAAUUGCCAAGCAGAUUGUGCAGAAGUCACUUGGACUUUAAGCUGACAAAAAGACUCAAGUGUUUUGUAUCUCUCUCCACCUGAAAACGAGCAGUGCUCAGUGCUGGUACCAAAAAAGGAAAACUUUGCAAAACUAUUGGCCUAGUUCUUCUUAUCAGUCGUUAUUUAUUUACCAUCUCUUUUCUUCUUCCACUGCUCCAGAGAAACCUCUAGUUCACUCACUAAAUUGUAUGAAAAAGGGAUUUAAU